UGACGUCGCCGUGGCGAGGGCCAGCGGCUGCUCUUUGGCGAGAGACUGCAUCCUGCGACUCCACUUCCUGGAAGAUUUGAGCUCCUCUGAGCGCACCGAGGAGCUGCUUUUGUCCUCUCACCGUGUCAACAUGGACAUGUACGGCUACAGCGGGGUCUUCUUGGUGAAAAGGUUCCUGGACGAUGGUGUUUUUGAAGUGUCCAACAUGUCCGACAUCAACAAGGCGAACCCGCACGGCUGCGACGACGGAGCCCUGACGGACCGGUUCGGCGUCCUGAUCCAGGGGCUGCUGGCUGUGGUCGCCUUCAGCACGCUCAUGUUGAAGAGAUUUCGGGAGCCUGUCGGGAUCAGACGGCCGUGGAGGAUCUGGUUUUUCGACACGUCCAAGCAGGCCAUCGGUGCUCUUUUCAUCCACUUUGCCAACGUCUUCCUGUCCACGCUCACCAAAGAGGACCCCUGCUCCCUGUAUCUGAUGAACUUCCUGCUGGACGCCACGUUGGGGAUGCUGGUCAUCUGGCUGGCGGUGAAGCUGGUGUCCAGACUGGUGGAGUACAAACAGUGGACGCUGCUGGUGUUCGGAGAAUACGGAGACCCUCCUCAGGCGGCGGCGUGGCUCGGUCAGUGCGGCGUCUACCUGCUCAUCAUGGUGCUGGAGAAAGGCGUCAUCAGCCUGGUGCUGCUCGUCCCCGGAUGGUCCAAACUGCAGGAGGUGCUGCUGAGCUACAUCGCGAACCCUCAGCUGGAGCUGGCGCUCGUCAUGCUCAUCGUGCCCUUCAUAGUGAACUCCAUCAUGUUCUGGGUGGUGGACAGCCUGAUGAUGAGGAAGUACAAGACGAUGAAGAGCCUGGACGACUCGUGCGACGGCUCGGUGAAGAAGGCCGACUCGCUGCCCUGGGUCAACGGCGAGGAGUCGCGGGUUCUGCUGACUGUGGAGACGGACACUGACGAGGCGUCAGAGGGCGAGGAGGACCCCGGCGAUGGUGGACCCGUCCCUCCUGUGCAGUACUCUGGAGGACCGCUGAGACCCAGCUGGGUGGUGGUAUAAACCCAGGUGAUGUGACCUCCUACCCGUCCAUCCUCUGUCCACACACAACUCUCUUCAAGAUCCAAAAUAUGAGCAAACUCGCGUAAAAACUCGCAUCCUUUACUCCUCAGCGGUCUAAAUAAUCAGCUUCCCUGUAAGCGAAGUCGCGGCUGAAGGUCGUCUAACCUGCGAAUGUGAACACGACAGCUGCCUUCCUCUGCUCUCAGAGCGCCACUCAGCGUAUGCAUGUACCUCUAAUAGCAUUUUGGGAUUUAUCCACUCACCUUGCUGCCUCCGUUUGCUGCAAGAGCACAUCAGAGUAACCGCAACUGAAGGUGUGUGGAGGGAGAUGAUUCGGGAAGGCGGCGCCGCGGGGCGAAACGUCCAAACGUACGCUCGGUAAUAACAGACUGAGAUAAAUGUGUCUUCUCUCCACACUGGGGACUUUUGGGAAUGAUGUCGCUCUAAAGAGAGUCAUUUAUCGUGUAUCGUAUUCCAGAGAGGAGCAAGUGAAGUAUAUAUAUACAUAUAUACACACACAUAUAUAUAUAUAUAGGUGCUCUAAGAUUUUACUCACUUCAGAUCCACCUUUUUAAUUCAGGUGUAAUUAUAGUCAUUCCAGCACGCUCUCCCUCCGGCUGCUUACUUUCAUUUUAAAGAUGGUUUUAUUUUUUUUAAACCACUCACGUGUUUUUAAAGUCUCACGGCUGCUGCAGUCGAGAUGGACCAAACCCGAUGAAAGCAGCGGUUUUACGGAGGAGUUUUAAAUCUUUCCAACAGGUUGCUUUUUAAAAAAUGUAUAUGUGGGCAGGGAUUUGUUUG